CAAAUGAUACAAAUUUUAUCAAUAACUUCCCACAUAUCUUGGAAUAUUAUUUGGACUAAGAAUCUAUUGUACUGUCCUUGUCGGAAGUAAUAUUAUGAUGGUACACAGCCUACUAUUCACAGAAAACACUCAAAAUUUAGCAUACAAGUCAAUAAAUCAAGUCAAAUGAUACUGAUACUUAUAGAGCACUUGUCACUACAGUACUUCAAUUGUUGUAAAACUUCUGAGGGUUUGCUUUUAAUUUCGUUUAAAACAGAGAGUGCUCGCUAUUUGAAAAGAGUCUAUAUGGAUAACAAAACCUUCAUAUAUUCCACAAUGAUGAACGAAACCAUGACAACAGUUGGUUCUAGUGAAGACAUGAUUGUACUACCGGUAAUCAUUAUAUGGACAGUGAUUGUUAUUGUUGGAGGUGUUGUGAAUACUCUAACCGUAUACAACUAUACAUUAUAUGCAGAUAUAUAGCAAAAUCAGCUACAAUUAUCUACAUAUUGAGCCUGGCAAUAGCAGAUAUCGCUUUUUUAAAUGUUGUGGUGCCUUUGACCUUAGUUGACAUCACGAGCAAUGAUCCAGAGUUGUUUGAAGGCGCAGGACGCCAUUUUGUAGAGUUUUUUCAGACUGCAACGCUGCACGUGACUUGUUGGACAUUGAUGGCGAUGACCAUUGACAGAUACCUGGCCAUUGUGUAUCCGGUAAAAUCAUUGAAAUGGAGGACAACGAAAACAUCAGUAAAGGUCUCCAUAGGAGUGUGGAUUGUGUCUGGUUUGUUGUCGUUGCCAACUGCAUUCCCCUACACACCUGACUCGGACGUCUUAGAUGCGGUCGCGGUCUACAUCUUUUUGACGUCAUUCGGAAUUCCUCUGCUUGUUAUCAUAAUUUGUUACGUGAAAAUUAUCAGUUUCAUACAUAAAAGAAACAAGGAGAUGCUUCUAAAGACAGGGGGAACAAAUACUAUGAAGAAAACCAGAAGAGUGGUAAAGAUGGUGGCUGUUUUAAUUCUCGUGUUUGCUUUUUCAUGGGCUCCGAUGCAAGUUCUAGCCAUGUUGAGGAAUAUAGAUCCCAAUUUUACAAAUUCUUUACAGUUUCAUGUAAUUAAAAAUAUUGCAUGCAUUUUAGCGUAUGCUAAUUCUUCCAUAAAUCCCUUUGUAUAUGCGUUUAUGAAUAUGAAAAUAAGAAAAGCUUUGGCAAGUAAAUUAAGAAUAAAGCCUGCUCCUAAUUUGACCAAAGCUACAUUGUAACUGCUGAAAAGUGUAUUUUCUUUGUUCAUGUUUACACACAUACCCGGUGCCUGUAUAUAAUUAAAAGUCUCCAUUAUGCAGAAUAAAUGUUAUUCAGUUGUACAGAAAAUAUAAAAGUGAAAUAUUUUCAUGAUAAAACCUAACAGUGGUCAUG